GGGGAACUGAUGUGCACAGACGCUCGACUUGCUAUAACUAAUUGGAAACAUUGUAUAAGAUAUUAAAAAAUAACUGCCAGGACCAAUUGUUAGGGGAUUACCGGAAACCAAAGGGUGGCCACGAAAAGGCUAUCUUGGGACAGACGAGGCCGAAUUGGGACUUUUUGUACGAAGUUGUAGAAAUCCGAUUAUAAAACAUGUAUACGGAUGUUUUCUGGUGAAACGUGACUAAAAUAUUCCGGUAAGGUGACCUUUAACAGGCGGAUUCGAGAGAGCUAGACACUCGCUGUACCUAAAUAGGACCGGAUAACCUCGGCUGGUACCGUCUGGAUUGGAAUAAUUCACACGGCGAAAUGGGUCCUUACUAAAGGUUUCCUUCCAUUGAACGACCUUGUGUGCCGACUGCAAUAACAUUUACCGGUAGCAUGUGCUUGAGGCAAUAGCACUAGUUGAAUAAGCAAAAUGGCGACGGUAAACGGACCCCUUCUGCCGAAAAUAGAAAAAGCUUUCAAUAUCGCCAAUGUUGGAAAUCUAGAUAAUUCCAAGACACAUAUCGGUAAGUUGAGGAGAUAUAUCAUCGAUAAUCCACGAGAUGAAGGACUUAAGAGACGCGAGACACUUUGGGACUUUCAGCAUAAAAACAGAGGUGCCCUGGUGCGAGUUAAAGUGGGGAGUACUAAAGGAAGUAUAAAGAACCCGGAUGAGAUGAAAUCUCCAAACAAUGAUGAAAACUGUCAAACAAUGGAUAAAAGCAGUGAAAUUGAAAAAGGAAAAAAUUUGAAAGCGUUACAGUUUCAGAAACUAAAACGAAAACAGCGUUUGGAAUCUCGAGUGUUAUUGGGUUCAAAUGAGUUAACUGAUGUACGAGGUAAAGACCCUAGUGUGACGUAUUCUACAGCUCUACGAAUAGGCAAUACUAUAUUUAACCAGAUGAAAGGUGCUGAUCAAUCAACUCCUAUAAAUAGCACAACGUACAGUGAUGAUGUAAAGAAAGCUAUUGUGCGAUCUAUAGACAAGCUCCCCGAUCUGAGUGCAUCAUUGUCAAAGCUAGGUUACCUCAAAAUGACCAAGAACGUUGUACAUUAUGGUGGCGGGUUUUUUGGCCGGCAUUCUGAACGACCAUAUGCCAAACUGAAACGGUCUUGGUCGACACUUUCACCACCGGAUGUGCGGGAACGAAUUCAUGGACGAGUCGUUGCCCCAACAACAGCUCCAUCACAGGAAAAUAAAGCAGAAAAAGCUGCCAUGUUGAUUAAAAAGAGACUGGAGUAUCUAGAUACCCUUUCUAUACAGCAAAGCACAUCACCAAAAACCUCAAGAGACGAGGAGAGUGGUUCUGCAUCCACAGCCGAUUACUCAUCCAAGAGAACAAGCAAAUCCUUUAUGAGUAAAAGUAGUCAUCAAUCUAUAUUAGACGACAAGAGAACAUUACCUGUUCUAAAUCAUGCGCGGAAAAGAGAAAAAAGAUUACGAAAACUCAGGGAGCAACAAACAGCGCGUGCAUUUACCCCAAUGAUCGUUAAACAGAAUCUGGAAGAAAAAAGAGAGAAAAUGGAACGGAAGGUAUUCAUUGAGGCGGCCGACUCUCGACAACGUAAACUCGCAGUGAUUCGGCAAGAUCGUUCCAAAGCAAAAUCUGAUUUAGAAACUAAUUUCAAACGAGGUGUAUCAGAACCUGGAUUAGACUUGCCUAAAGACAAAUAUGGGCCGACCACCCACUCUAAAGAAAGCAAGAGACCAGCAAUGUACGGUAGCAAUCCUUACCGCUGGACAAGUAAGACCAGUCUGUCGCUUGACGAUCGGACUUGGGUAAAGCGAACAAUGCAACAGGCCGACGUUGUUGAUCACUCUGCGUAUGAAUCAUUCGCUAGGAUCAAACCCUCAACGUUACAGAAAGGCGGGACAGAACUGUCUCUCGAUAGACAGAAACGGUAGACUGAUAUACUGUAGUUAAUCAAUAGUGUGAUUCCAAGCCAUGGACUUAAUUCUCGGUAUUAGUUGUAAUUGCUACAAAGCCAUGGACUUAAUUCUUGGUAUUAGUUGUAAUUUCUACAAAGCCAUGGACUUAAUACUUGGUAUUAGUUGUAAUUGCUACAAAGCCAUGGACUUAAUUCUUGGUAUUAGUUGUAAUUGCUACAAAGCCAUGGACUUAAUUCUUGGUAUUAGUUGUAAUUGCUACAAAGCCAUGGACUUAAUUCUUGGUAUUGGUUGUAAUUGCUACAAUGCCAUGGACUUAAUUCUUGGUAUUGGUUGUAAUUGCUACAUUGCCAUGGAC